AUGUUCCAGUACUACAGACAAGCCAUCGUCUGCUACGCCUAUCUCGAAGACUUCCCCGAAGGCGCAAUACUCAAAGGAGGACUAUCCCAAUGCCGAUGGUUCACCAGAGGCUGGACGCUGCAAGAACUGCUCGCCCCAGGCAUCGUCGAGUUCUACGCCCAAGGAUGGAAGUUCGUUGGCACCAAACACGAGCAAGCGGCGGCCAUAUCUAGGUUCACAAACAUACCCGAGUCGGUGUUGACGCAUGCGCGGAGAGACAUUAUAGCCGAGCAAUCUGUUUCAGCGAGAAUGUCGUGGGCGUCGCAACGGAGGACAAAACGGAAAGAAGAUAUGGCGUACUGCCUUCUUGGUAUCUUUGACGUUAACAUGCCGUUGAUCUACGGCGAGGGUAAUAAGGCGUUCCGACGUCUGCAAGAAGAGAUCAUCAAGCGCGACAACGACCUCAGCAUCUUUGCCUGGAACAGCAUGUCGGAGUAUCAGAACAACGACCUGGUUGAGAUAUUCGCAAGCUCACCCGCUGCUUUCGAGGAUGUAUCCGGCGCAGGCGCCCACAAACACCAACUGGCCGAAUUUUCUGUCACAAACCGUGGCCUCUUACUUGGCGGCGACUUCGAGAUAUACGGCUGGUACAGUGAGCGCGGUUACACCGACAUUCCGAAACACUACGUCCUUCUAGUUGGGGAAUCGAAAAAAGACGACAGCAGUAUAGGAAUCUUCCUCCGGAAAUGCGGUCCCGGGCUGUUUUGCCGUAUUGGCGGAUUGCCUUUGGCCAGGCUGCCGAACAAGAUCAUCACAUACUCCGCGCGGGAGCUCAUGCAUUCAGUCUACCUCUCAACAGAUGCCUUCCUCAAACACUCAAUCACCCGCCUGGUGUCUUUCCGUCACGAUGGCCUGCAUAUUCCCGUCCAGGAACAUUUACGAAUGCGGUCGGUGGCCCCGCUGCAUGCAUGGGAUCAUCUGGACAGGACGUUCCUGGUUCCAAAGGCCUGGGACCAGAAUGUAAGCCAGUUGGUACUCGCUGCUCAGUUCAGCGUCACGAUUGCGGGGUACACAGCCGAAAUAGUGGUCAUUUGUCCAGCUCAUAAAGAUCAAACUCCGAUAGUAUUCCUCGCGAAGGAUUAUCUUCGCGAGACGAGAUUCUUGUUCGCAGACAAAGUUGGUAAGGAGGGUAUCUUAUGGGAAGACUUGGUGAAAGAAUUACCCAAGCUCCCGUUCCUGAACAAGGGCCAUGUUUAUGUCAAACCCAAGCAUGCCUUCAAGAUUAGCGUCGGUUUACAGAGGAUCAAAAUUGAUACCGAUUGUGGCCCGAUCAGUGUCAGAAGCCUGACCUCGUCAGUCACAGCUGUGUAG